AUGCCAACAACUCUAUCUCAUCAAAGUUUAAAUCCUAUUCAAAAUGUCGAUAAAUAUGAAUUACAUCAAAUUGGUUCUGGUUUUUGGAAUGUUCGUAGUCAUUUUAAAAUUUUCGCUAAAUUGAUUGAUAUUGAAACACAUAUGUCAUUGAUACAAUUACAUAAUGGAAAUUUUCUUAUUAUUGAUACAGUCGAACUCAAUGAUAAUCUUCGACAAGAAAUUAAUCAUUUAACAGAUAAUGGAAAUAAAAUUGAAGCAGUAAUUGGUACACAUCCAUUUCAUACUCUAUCAUUUAGAACUUUUUAUGAAGCAUAUCCAAAUGCAGCUUAUUAUGGAACACCAAGACAUUUACAUCGAUUGACAAAAAUUCCAUGGGUUGGAAGUCUCAAUAAUUGUGAUGUGAGAAAAAAAUGGGAGCCAGAUGUAGAACUACGCAUUCCAGCAGGUACCGAAUUUAUCAAUCCACAACCUGAAUCAUCGAAUCAUUUUACAUGUGUUUUUGUCUAUCAUCCAGCAUCUGCUACUCUUCAUGUUGAUGAUACAAUAGUUUAUACAGAUAAACCUAGUUUUUUACUCAAGUUAUUUGGUUAUAAAGAUGGUGCGAUGGCUUUUCAUCCAUCAAUAAAAAGUGUUGGUCUUCAUCCGACAAGUGAUGCUCCAUAUUUAUUUCGUGACUGGAUGCGUAAUAUGUUACAUGAUUGGCCUUUUGAAAAUAUUUGUUGUGCUCAUAUGGGUGUUAAAAUAGGUGGUGCACAUGCCGAUGUUUUUGCACUACUUGAUAAAACAGAAAAUUUAUUUGCGAAAUUAAGUAAGAAAAAUCGUAAAAGAAAUCCCGAAAGUGAAUUAUUCGCAGGCAAUCAUCAUAAUAUGAAUAUUCAUGGAGAUGAAUGUGGAUGA